AUGGAGAUGCACGAGUGCUGCUACUACGGCGGCAGCAUCGGCGGCGACUGGCUCAACCCACUCGCCGCCAUCCCGCCGCCGUGUUCUUCCUCUUCUUCUUCGUGGUCGUCGCAGCUUCUCCUCCUCAGUGAUCACGAUGACGUACUCUUGCACUCCGCCGGCGAUCAUGGCGGCGCGGUGGCCGGAAUAGGCGGCGCCUGCAUGACCGCCGAUCUCGUUGUCAGGGACGAGGAGAUGGAGAUGGCCGCCGGCUACCUGCCGGUGGCCGCGUCGGCCGCCGCCGCCGCCGACGUCGACCACUACAUGUACCAGCAGUUUCAGCUCGAGCCUGAUCAGUUCGUCUCGACGUUGCCCGCGGUGGCGGUGGCGGUGGCGGCGACGGCGGGCGGCGGCAGCCACGACGACGAGCUCCUGAGGAUGCCCUUCACCGACAUCGACCUCGACGCGUUCGCCGACGCGCGCGACGUCGUCGUCGGCGUCGGCGAGCCCAAGCCCAGUCCCCAGCACACUCUCGACGCGGCGAUCGCGCUCCCGGCGGUCGGCGGCGGCGGCGCCCACCACUUCGGCACGCAGGACGACGACGUCAAGUUCGACGUGACCAAGCAACGCAACGACGCCGCCCUCGCCGGCGACGACUCCCUGUCCAUGGUGAUCGUCGAGAGCUACGAGAUGGGCAUGCGACGUCACGCCGCCGAGCAGGAGCAGGAGCAGAAGCCAAAGAUCAUCACAUCAGCCGCAACGACAUUGACGCCUCUUCCUCUUCCUCCACCGCCGCCGCCGCCGCCGCGCGUGACGAGGAGCCGCCGCGACGGAUCAUCGGCGGCGACGGCGGGCGGGAAGACUCGGCUGGACCACAUCGGAUUCGAGGACCUGAGGCGGUACUUCUACAUGCCAAUCACCAAGGCGGCGAGGGAGAUGAACGUGGGGCUGACCGUGCUCAAGAAGCGCUGCCGCGAGCUCGGCGUCGCCCGGUGGCCUCACCGGAAGAUGAAGAGCCUCAAGUCCCUCAUCCUCAACGUCCAGGAGAUGGGGAGCAAGGGGAUGUCGGCGGCGGCGAUGCGGCGGGAGCUGGAGGCGCUGGAGAAUUGCUGCGCGCUGAUGGAGAGGAACCCGGCGGUGGAGCUGACGGAGAGGACCAAGAAGCUGAGGCAGGCGUGCUUCAAGGAGAAUUACAAGCGGAGGAGGGCGGCUGCCGUCGACGUGCUCGACCUCGACCACUGCUUCAGCUUCGCCGCCGCCUGA